AUGAGAAAAGAAAAUCCUGAUAGCGCCGUUACGGCACCUCCACUUAAUAAGCACGUCGUUCUCAUGGCCGAUUUGAAAGCUGCUACUCUAGCGAAGUAUUCUAGUAAAACUAAAGUCAUUCUUGGUAGUAAUCUUACUGAUUGUCCUUUAUAUGCCCAUCUCUGCCGUCGAAGCCAAAUUCGCCUCCACUCAUUACAAUCCUUCAUUUAUGUUUUUCUUAUCGCAAUCUCUUGA